AUGACUUCUUCUGUUAUUCAUCUUCAUUUAGGGGGAGCUGGAGUAAAGAUAGGGGAUGCUCUAUGGAAACUUUAUGAGAAGGAAGAAUCAGAUACAAAUGUCAAGGGCUACAUUUAUAAUGAAAAUGAUAAUAAUCGGUACCCUUUAGCUCUAUUUGCCGAUUUUGAUGAUCAAAUGAUAAACGAAGUCAAAAAUAAUAAAUCAAUAAAGUAUAAAUCUACCUCUUUUGUUUCAGGAAAGGAGGAUGCAUCAAACAACUUUUGCAGAGGUCAUUUUACAGUUGGGAAGGAGUUAAUUGACCAAUGUUUAGAUUAAUUGAGAAAACAAAUAGAAAGUAUUGACAGACUAGAUUAAUUCAUUAUUACUUCUGCUUUGAGUGGUGGAACAGGAUCAGGUUUCGCCAAUUUACUUUUGGAGAGAAUGUCAACUGAAUAUGGAAGAAAGACUUAAAAUAAUGCAUUCUUAGUUUAUCCUUCCUAAGAAAUGUCUAAUAUUACAGUAGAUGUCUAUAAUGUUGUAUUAUCCACUCACUUAACUUCAGAAUAUUAUGACUCUGUUGUAAUGUUGGAUAAUUAAUCAAUGUAUGAAUCCAUAGAUUCACAGAUUGGUUUAGAUUAUGUUGAUUACACUCACUUAAAUAAUUUAAUAUCAUAAUUAAUUAGCUCUUAUACAGGUUUAAGAAGAUUCAGUUAAAUUGAUAAUACUAAAUUGCUUUCUGGGUUGUGUCCAUAUCCAAAAAUUCAUUAUAUAACUCCUUCGUAUGGACCUUUGGCAACUAUAAAUGACAAAAUUAAUUAAGAAUUAAAUGAAAAAUAACUUACAUCAUAUAUAACAAAACCAGAAUAAAGGUUAUUUAUAUCCCAAAUUAAUCCUGAGCACUUUUGCACAGCUUUAGUGCAUCGUUCUAAAGAAAAAAAUUAAUUUUUCGGUUAAUCCGCCUUAUCAUUUUAAAAGAUGAAGAUUAGAUAUUAGGAGAGUCCUUAUGUGCUUCAAUGUAUAUCAUAAAAUUACACAGUUAUUUCAGAACUUGCAUAAUUAAAGUAAACAGGUGUAUUUCUUUCAAAUAAUCUUUCUGUGCUUAAUUAUUUUUAAAUGCUUUUAAAGAAAUAUAAUAAACUCUUUGAUCGAAGAGCCUUUCUUCAUUGGUUUUGGGGAGAAGGUGGUGGUUUUGGAUUUAUUCAAGAAUGUGCAGGCUAAUUGGAAUAUUUGAUUCGAGAUUAUUAAGAGGUGUGGGAAAAGGACGACGAUAUUGAUAUUGAUAUUAUUGAUUGA